GCAGUCAUAGCACACAAACACACGCAGAAAUACGUAAAAACAUGGGCAGUUUGUCUCAUCAUGAGCCCAAUCAUGCAACUGUGAAAAACAUGCAUAUUUUCAUGGUUUCUUUUCCAGGGCAAGGUCACAUAACUCCACUUCUCCGGUUGGGCAAGCGGCUAGCCAAUUUCGGCAUGUUUAUCUCCAUUGCUACCCCUGAACUCGCUGGCGUAUCCAUCAAGAAAGCCAAUGCAAUUACCGACGACGAGCCCACCCCAUGUGGCCGCGGCAUGAUACGGUUCGAGUUCUUUGAUGACGGCUGGGACUUCAACCACCCUAACCGGGACGACAUUGACUCCUACAUCGCCCAGUUGGAGCGGGUGGGUCGAGAGAUACUCCCCCAGAUGAUUCAGCGACAGGCAGAAAAGGGCCGACCCGUUUCAUGCUUAAUCAAUAACCCCUUCAUUCCAUGGGUUUCUGACGUUGCUGAGAGUCUUGGAAUCCCAAGUGCAAUGCUUUGGGUCCAGUCUUGUACUUGUUUCUCUGCUUAUUAUCAUUAUUUCAACAGACUCGUGCCUUUUCCUAGUGAGGAAGAACCAGAAAUUGAUGUCCAGUUACCUCACGUGCCUUUGUUGAAGCACGAUGAAAUUCCUAGUUUCUUGCACCCUAGCACCCCCUACCCUUUCUUGCGGAGGGCUAUUUUGGGUCAGUUCAAGAACUUGUCCAAGCCAUGUUGCAUAUUAAUGGACACGUUUCAAGAACUGGAGCAUGAAACCAUCGAAUACAUGUCCAAAAUCGGUCGCCCAAUCAAGACUAUAGGCCCACUCUGCAACGAACUCAAGAGCAACAAUGAUACCACUCCUCCAGAUUCAAAUGCGAUUCGUGCUGAUUUUUAUGCACCAGAUAGCUGUUUGGAGUGGCUGGACUCGAAACCCCCACAUUCGGUGGUGUACAUUUCGUUUGGCAGUAUUGUAUAUUUGAAGCAAGAGCAAGUGGACGAGAUCGCCCACGGGCUUCUGAGCUCCGAAGUGUCGUUUCUAUGGGUUGUGAGGCCGCCGGCGAAGGAACUGAAAGCGGAGACGCAUGUUUUACCGGGAGGGUUUUUGGAGAAAGUUGGUGAUAGGGGGAAGAUAGUGGAGUGGAGCCCACAAGAGAAGGUGCUGGAACACCCCUCCACCGCCUGUUUCGUGACGCACUGCGGCUGGAACUCGACAAUGGAGGCACUGGCGAGCGGCGUCCCGGUGGUCGCUUUUCCUCAGUGGGGAGACCAGGUUACAAAUGCCAAGUUCAUGGUUGAUGUUUUCAAGGUUGGGAUUAGGCUGUGUAGGGGUGAAGCUGAGGUGAGGAUUGUACCUCGGGAAGAGGUGGAGAAGUGUUUCAGGGCAGCGACUAGCGGCCCCGAGGCAGCGGAGAUGAAGCAGAAUGCGGUCAAGUGGAAGAAAGCGGCGGCAGCGGCGGUGGUGGAGGGUGGUUCCUCGUAUAAGAACAUGUGCGAUUUUGUCGAUGAGGUUGCCAGACUGGUAGCGACAAAAUCAUGAAAUUGUCCUUCUAAGUUGAUUGAAAUUUAGUUCAACUAUAUUUCUAUGUAUUUGCAGGUGUGAUUGUUUUCUACUGUUGGUGGUCACUAUCUGCCUCUGAAAUGAAUGUAUUGCCACUUGUCACUGAA